AAGAGACUAGGCCGAAGCCUGGUUAAAAAUGGCGUAUGACGAAAACUUUUUCUGGUUGAAUUAUUGUAUUUUCUAAAUUUUAGAAUGAGGAUCUUCUUAUCUGGUUGAUGGUAGCUUUUCAUCUGUGAAUCAGAGAGAUCACUACCUUUGCGUUCAAUUUAUUGGGACAGUAACUAUCUGAAUGAAAGUAUGAGUGAAAAUGGCGGCGGUGAAUCUUCCUCUCCCAAGAGAAAAGACAUGUCGGGUAAACCUACGCGACCUCCACCUCCAUCGAACUAUCCAAAAUUGCCACGUCCUCAGAGUCUUCAACACCACUUAGAUGCUCUGCAAGCGCUUAAACCUGAUCGAGUACGCUGGUUUGUAAAAGAAGACAAAAAGUGGGUGCCUUUCAAUGGCAGCGAUUCGUUGGCUAUUGAGCAUUGCUAUCUCCAAAUAUUGGCGCUUGAAAACCGGGAUGAAGACAGCUCUAAGCUCUAUAACACGUCCUCGAUUUAUGAAAUGCCCACUGUUAAAGGAGGCCUGUACGAAGUGGAUGUUGUUGCUAGGCAAUGCACACCCAUUUACUGGGAAGAUAAAAGUAUGCCAGUUUGUAGAGGAACAUGGUUCACUGGAUCAACUUCACUGGACAUGUGGCAGCCUCUCAGUGAGGAGGACAGUGAUGAAAUAGAGUUAUCACAUCAGACCAUGUGGAACUCUAUGGGUUUAACUGUUGGACCAGUUCAAAAUGAUAUGGGUCUUUCUCACCAACAAGCACUAGGCCAACUCAAAUUAAAAGGUUUUUAUGUGGAGUGGAAAGACAUAGCAGAUGUAUGGCUAUACUGGGAUGAUGUGAAAUCAAGAAUUAUUAGGAAUUUUGGGGAAAAGAUUGGGCUCUCUUCAGCUACCCAGCUUCAUCGUGGUUAUCAUACGGUUGCCAGCCCUGACGACAGACCUCCAGAUAUUUCUCACUUGGUUUUUGUUGUUCAUGGGAUAGGACAGCUUCUACACACGAGCAAUAUUGUCAAGAGUAGUGCAGACCUUCGUCGGGGUGUAGCUACAGUGCUAAGCAAACAGUUUCCUGAUGGUCCUUGUGACCAGAGAGUUGAGUUCAUUCCCGUGGAAUGGCGGUCAUCACUUAAACUGGACGAAGGUACUAUUGAGUGCAUAACACCUUCAUCAGUGUCAGGACUCAGGAAAGUUCUUAACACGAGUAUGAUGGACAUCAUGUAUUACACAAGUCCAUUUUACAGAUAUGAGAUCAUUGAUGGUGUAAGGGAUGAAAUGAUUAAUUUGCACACCAAAUUCUGCUCCAGAAAUCCUUCCUUUCUGGAAAAAAAUGGCAAAGUUUCCAUCGUAGCCCACUCUCUAGGAAGUGUGAUUGCAUAUGACAUUUUAACACUCUGGGACAUUGAAUUAAGACACCUUUCCCAAGAUGCCACAGAAAGUACUGGGUUUCUUACCGAGAGCUUCCAGUACUUGCGGUCGGUCACCAGCAGGGUAAGUAAUGAGCAAACAGAGUCUGGACCAGGGGGUAACCUGAAGGAGAACUUAAGAGUGAAACUGGCAAAGGCUCGGAGCGAGGUCAUGCAGCUGGAAGCUAUGAUUGUAAGUGAAGUAGAACAUGAAAAACACGGAGCUGACAAGAGCUCGAAGGAGUGUCCUUUUGCACUGCCAUUUAAGGUGGAAACCUUAUUCUGCGUGGGAUCACCGCUGGCGGUGUUCCUAGCAUUACGAGGGCUCAGACCUCAGGAUGAUGUAGAAGAUCAUGUGUUACCAAAGUCUGUUUGUAAACGUCUGGUGAAUAUUUAUCAUCCAGCUGACCCUGUGGCUUAUCGCAUAGAGCCACUUAUCAGUAUGGAGUACACCAACAUUCCUCCACUCCAACUACAUCGCUUUGACAGCAAGCAGUCGGGCUACUCUGAUGCCAAGCCAAGUAAGACUGGUCCGAAUGGUAAGUGGGGAAGCCUGUUUGCGUCAUAUAGAGUCGGCUUCUCCAAGCAGAAAACAGACGAAGAGGCCAACGACAGAUCAGCGAGUCCAAACAGCGAGGAGAAUACAGAGGAGGAAGACGUUGUGAUUGUGCACAACGCUGCGUCCAUGGAGAGUACAACAGUUAAUGGCGCAUGCGCCGAAGGGCAUGCCGUUACAGACGGGAGCUCGUCCGCUUCUUCCAAGAGAACGGGAUGGAUAGCCAGCCUCUUUGGAUCUUCCAAGCCGUCUACGUCAAGUAACUCGAGUCAAGAAUCUGAAGAAAUGUCGGAAACUGAUGGAGGCGCCAAGAAAGACGAACAAGCCAAGAAGGAGGAACACAUCACUGUCCCAGCAAAAGUUUUGAAAGAGCGACUCGACUACACGUUACGAGAAGGAAAAAUGGAAAGUAACUACUGGUCUGCAGUCACGUCUCAUGUGUCGUAUUGGUCGUCAUGUGAUGUAGCACGAUUUAUCCUUGAGAACUGCUUGGAUUCAACCCAAGCUAUGGACCAAUCCUAAAGUGUUCUUAGGCGUUUAAGUCAAGAGAAUUAAUACUUGGUGUUUGAA